AGGGUGUGAAGGCUUGAGCUCUGAAACGAAAGAAGUAACAAAGAUGAAGCAGCGGCAAAACCUUGUACUCCGUUUGAUUGCUGAGAAAAAAAGAGAAUGCGAUGAGAGAGACCACAAGUUCAUGGCCGCAAGACGGACGCUCUUGGAGUUCGAUAUGGUAUGGAUGCAUUAAUCAGAGUUUUAUACGAGGAAAAACUUGUAUAUCUCUGCCAUAGCAUUCGUAUGCAACCAUUUCUCAAGAAAGCUCAUGGGCCUCUCGCAACCUCACUCUCCUAUUAUUCUAACCUCAUAGAACAUUGUUUCUUGCUGAAAUCCUUAGACUAUGCUAAAUUCGUCCAUGCCCAGUUGAUUAAAGUCGGCUUCAAUACCCAUACUUUUCUGGGUAAUCGCUGCCUCGAUCUGUACUCCCAACUCGGCACCGGUAAUGACUCUUUGCGAGUGUUUGAGGACAUAAUUGACAAGAAUUUAAUAUCUUGGAACAUUUUCUUAAAAGCUUUUGUUAGAUUUGGAGAGCUCGACAGGGCGCGUGAUGUGUUCGACGAAAUACCCAAACGAGAUGUUGUUAGUUGGAACACAAUGAUUUCGGGAUAUGUUUCAUUUGGGUUAUUUGAUGACGCGUUCAGAUUUUUCUCAGAAAUGCAAAAGGCUGGCAUAAGGCCUAGUGGGUUCACAUAUUCGACCCUGUUGUCAUUUGUCUCAUCUGCUUGUCGUGGUAAGCAAAUUCAUGCAAGCAUGAUCCGAAAUGGUGUGGACUUAUCAAAUGUGGUGGUUGGGAAUUCUUUGAUUGGCAUGUAUGGAAAGUUUGGUGUUGUUGAUUAUGCUUUUGGCGUGUUUAUAACAAUGGAAGAGUUGGAUAUUAUUUCUUGGAACUCCUUGAUUUGGAGCUGUGGUAAAUCAGGCUACCAAAACUUGGCAUUACGACAGUUUGUUUUGAUGAGGUCUGUAGGUUAUUCACCUGAUCAAUUUACAGUAUCCACAGUGAUCACUGUAUGUUCUAACUUGCAAGAUUUGGAAAAGGGUGAACAAAUUUUUGCUCUCUGCAUUAGGGUGGGAUUUCUUUCUAAUAGCAUUGUUUCAAGUGCCAGUAUUGACCUGUUUUCAAAAUGCAACAGAUUGGAGGAUUCAGUCCGGGUCUUUGAAGAAAUAUAUCAAUGGGAUUCAGUGCUUUGCAAUGCCAUGAUUUCAAGCUAUGCAUGGCAUGGUUUUGGAGAGAAUGCUUUGCAACUUUUUGUACUGACCUUGAGGGAGAACCUCAGGCCCACUGAAUUCACGCUCAGCAUUGUUCUGAGUGCUGUUUCCAUUCUCCUUCCAGUGGAUCAGGGGAGUCAAAUCCAUUCUUUGGUUGUCAAAUCUGGUUUGGAGUCAGAUGUGAUUGUUGCAAGUUCACUUGUGGAAAUGUAUGCUAAAUUUGGGUUAAUUGACUCUGCCAUGAAAACCUUUGCCAAGAUUGGAGCCAGAGAUUUGAUAUCUUGGAAUACCAUGAUUAUGGGCUUAGCUUAUAAUGGGAGAGUGAGUAAAGCCCUAGAAAUUUUUAAAGAACUUCUCAUAGGAGGUCCACCACCUGAUGAAAUUACCCUAGCUGGGGUUUUAUUAGCUUGCAAUGUCGGGGGUCUUGUUGAUGAAGGGCUGAGUAUAUUCUCCUCAAUGGAAAAGGAAUAUGGAGUCAUACCAGCAAUUGAGCAUUAUGCUUGCAUUGUGGACAUGAUGAGUCGAGGUGGUAAACUUAAAGAAGCAAUGGAUAUUGUAGAAUUAAUGCCUCAUGAACCCAGUGGUUUGAUUUGGGGAUCACUACUUUGUGCUUGUGAAAUUUAUGGAGACUUGAGAUUCACUGAGAGAGUUGCAGAGAGGGUUAUGGAGUUGGAACCACAGUCGUCUUUACCUUAUUUGGUUUUAGCUCAGGCAUAUGAGAUGAGGGGCAGAUGGGAGAGCCUGGUUAGGGUCAGGAGGGCUAUGAAAGAGAAAGGUGUUAGGAAGGUGAUUGGAUGCAGUUGGAUUGGGAUAAAAAACCAUGUUUUUGUUUUUAAGGAAAAUCAAUUAUUGCACAUCGGAGGCAAAGACAUCUAUUUUAUUCUGAGAUUACUGAUUCAGGAGAUCGAGGAUGACGGGUAUGCCUCUCGACAGUAUGAUAAAGUGAGGGCUGUGGGAGAGCUAGGAUGAAGUGAACCAUGAUGAAAGUUCAUCAUGCUAAGGUCAAUUUAUGAUCAGUAAAUCUUGUUUAUUUUCAUCUUAAAAAGGCAAAGCUGCUGAUUAUGGAAUACCAGGACUAGGCAUAUCGCUGUGCUCGUCUAAACUUGUGCUGGUGUCUAUCUUGAACUGAUAUGCUGACCUAUCAUCUGUUCUGCUAUGGUCAUCUUCUUGGUUGAAUUUGUCUAUCUAAUGUUUGUCUUGGUACUUCCAAACCUCUCCAUAGAUGAAGGACCGUAAAUGGAAUUGGUCAAAUGCUCAAAAGUGACCGUGCUUGGGAAGAUGUUGCUACUUUUGAGCAUGGAAAAAUUGCAAUCCCAGUAUGUUGCAUGGCUCAAUCUGGUAGACUAAUGUUAAAUUUUCUGUCACUUAGCAUACAAUAGAAAGGAUGUUGUAAAUUGUGUGGCGCUGAUAAUAAAACUCUUUUGGUUGAUAACUAGUUUCACUGGCUCA